AUGAAACACUGUGACUCACGUCUCGUUGCCGUCGGAGCACUUCCGUUCAGUGUUCAGUUGACUUUCGAGACGUGCAAUUUUAGCAGGUCCUGUAAGAAGAACGGAGGCGUUGCGUUGUAUGCCUCUAAAGAUUAUGCACCAAAAUGUAAGGCUAUAGACGUUAGUGGUUUCUGUUUGGAACAACAUCAUGAAUUUGCUUGUCUCAGUGUGCCUGAUUCCAAUCUCAUAGUUAUAGGUGUGUAUCGCUCACCCGAUGGAAAUCUGGAGUGGUUCCUUGACAGCCUUGAAAAACUAGUCCUAUCCCUUGAAAAUAGAAGAACGAAAAAUAAUCUGGUCCUGGGUGGUGAUGUUAAUAUAGACAUUUUAAAAGGUGAGAAACACUCAGAAGACUUUUUAAAUCUUUUGAGAUCCCUAAAUCUUUAUUGCUUGGUGUGGGAACCUACAAGAGGCAAUUCGUGUCUGGACAACGUUGCGACGGAUUUACCCAAAAGACUCCUGAAAACGGAAGUGAAGAGACUUGCUGUAAGUGAUCACGACGCAGUCAGCCUCCAUGUACAAACUGCAUCAAGUGCAGUACCUGAUGGUUCUGGUCGAAGAGUAUGUAGGCCUAUUUCAACAGACAAGAUAAAUAAUUUUAUAUAUCGCCUAGAUAACACAAACUGGGACUUCCUUUAUAAUACUGGUGCGGCUGAAGAUACCUUCAAUUGUUUUUUUCAAAAUUUCCUUCUUAUGUUUAAUGAAUGCUUUCCCACAAGGUUACUGCCUACAAAACGCUCCAAGAAAAAUCAAAAUCUUCCGGACUGGAAGGACCAAUCCCUAGUAACGUGGAAGAAGUGGGUGCUCCUAGCCUAUGAUCUCUACAGGGACAAUAAAACACCCGAUUCAGAGCUACGCUACAAAACUAUUAAGAAGCAGUACAAACAAAAACUUCUAUCAGCUAGACUGGAAAGAAAUGCUCGCUUCAUAGAAUCUGCCAGUAAUCGCUGUGCAGCAGCCUGGAAAGUUAUCCAUGAAGAAGGUGCUCCGUCCAAAUCCCAGUUGAUAUCUUCAGUGACUGCGGAAGCUUUCAACGCCCAUUUUAUUGACUCCGUCCAGCAGACCAGAGAUGCUAUCAACGGUUCAGCCACUUCUGCCCUAGAUAUGCUGGAGAAACGUGACCCUGCAGGCUCACGGUUCAACAUUACCCUUUUAUCCUCUGAAAGUGUGAUACGGGUGGUCCAGAAGCUCAACAACUCUCCAAGCAAAGAUAUAUUUGAGGUAUCUGUCAAUCUUAUUAAGAGUGUUUUUCCUAGCAUUGUUAAGCCUUUUACCUAUUGCCUGAACCUAUGUCUCUCUGAAGGAGUCUUUCCCCAAAGACUAAAGAUAGCCAAAGUUAUACCUAUCCAUAAGAAAGGUGAUCCAAACAGUCCUGAGAAUUUCCGCCCUAUUUCCCUACUCCCAGUAUUUUCAAAAAUAUUUGAAUCUGUAAUUAAGGAUCAGUUGUACAAAUAUUUCGAAGAGCACAAUCUGCUCAUGACCGGCCAGUGUGGCUUCAGGGCGGGUCUCUCGACCAUAGAUGCUCUAGAUAAGCUUGAAGCAGUAGUACUGCAUGGAUUUGAGGCUGGAGGCUUUACUGGGGCCACCCUGUGUGAUCUCAGUAAGGCUUUCGACACGGUCGACCAUCGGAUACUGCUGGAUAAAUUGAAUUUUUAUGGAGUAAAGGGCUCUGAACUCAGGCUCAUGGAGUCAUACCUGGCUGGGCGUGAGCAGAGGGUGCUCAUAAAUGGACAUAUCUCUAGCCCUUGUCAGAUCACUCAUGGUGUCCCACAGGGUGUCUCAUGUCAUGUAAGAGGAAGCUUGGCACUCUCGAGCUCAGAGGAGGGGUCCACCACUACAACACUAGGAAUAAGCAGGAUCUAA